AUGGGGAGCCGAGGGUCUAAUUCUCCGCAGUUUGGGCUGGAGCUUCGCAUGGCCGGUAACGUCUCCAGCUCCUGGGGUCAGAGGAGGGGUCCAUUGGGGCCGCUCAGCUCAGCGGCGGUCCGUCGAGGACUCCCAGCCCCGCCCGGCUCCCGGGCGCCCCUGCCGGGUUCGGCAUCCAGCCAGGGCCCGGCCGGGCACGAGACGGGACGCGCGGACGGCGCACGCUCCCCGGCUGGGCUCAGCCCCGAGGCCGGGGGGCCGAGGCGCAGCCCAGAGCGCUGGCAGCCGGGACCGGCCGCGGGGGACAGGGGCGUGGUGCGGGCGGCGGAGUCGGGUGCGGCGGCGGGGCCGGGCGAGGUCCGGUGUGGGUCCCGCGGCUCCGCUGCUUCUCGGCUCCGAGCGCCUGGCUGGUGCGCCCCGCGCCCUCCCUGCCGGGGCCGCCGGGCCGGGGGAUGCGCGCGGCGCCCGGGAGCCAUGGUCCGCUUCGGGGACGAGCUGGGCAGCCGCUAUGGGGGCGCCGGUGGGGAGCGGGCUCGGGGCGGCGGGGCGGGCGGCCCGGGCGGCCCGGGCCCGGGGGGGCUGCAGCCGGGCCAGCGGGUCCUCUACAAGCAGUCGAUCGCGCAGCGCGCGCGGACCAUGGCGCUGUACAACCCCAUCCCGGUCAAGCAGAACUGCUUCACCGUCAACCGCUCGCUCUUCGUCUUCAGCGAAGACAACGUCGUCCGCAAAUACGCCAAGCGCAUCACCGAGUGGCCUCCGUUUGAGUACAUGAUCUUGGCCACCAUCAUCGCCAACUGUAUCGUGCUGGCGCUGGAGCAGCACCUCCCUGACGGGGACAAGACGCCCAUGUCCGAGCGCCUGGACGACACGGAGCCCUAUUUCAUUGGCAUCUUCUGCUUUGAGGCGGGGAUCAAGAUCAUAGCUCUGGGCUUUGUCUUCCACAAGGGCUCCUACCUGCGGAACGGAUGGAACGUCAUGGACUUCGUGGUGGUUCUCACCGGGUAG